AUGCCUCUACACAUGCAAGCGCCAACUCCCCACCGCCCGUCUCCCCCCAGAUUAACAACACCUACAACUGACAUCACCAACCCUGCUUGGGCACAACAAAACCUCCUACCAAUCGAUCACCGCCCUCCCCGAGCGCCCUCCCCAAGGCCGCCCACCAACACCGCUGCGACCAGUGUCUCCUCCUCCUCCUCCGCCCCACGCAUCAAGAAGCGAAAACCCUGGCGAAAGCUCCUAUGGGUAAAACAAGACUACCCAGACAACUGGGUAGACCCCACCUUCCUCUCCCAACUCCAGCGCAACAUCAAUGUGCACCCCUACGACUUUUACAGCCUGGUAGCCGACUCCACAGUGAUUGUCCAGCACCUCUCCAGCGUCGUGAUAUUCGUAACUAGCUUCAUAGCGAUGGUCAAAGAGCGGGUCAGUCCAGUUUCCGUAGCGCUGGUGUCUACUGCUCUGACUGUUGCUGGAUGGGCAGUUUGGGACAUGGGUUGGGAGAAGAGGGAGAAGGUACCGUACCCAUCGCCGCCACCGGAAAGAGGGGCUGGUGGAAGUAGCGGUGCAUCAGCAUCCAGCUCGCCGGUUAAGAAACACAGAAUAGAUUCUAUAGACGUUGGCGACAACAGCACAUCUACCACCACCAUCACCUCCACCUCCACUGCUGCCGACACCGAAGCCGGCCAGAAAUCCCAAGAUGAGCAGUCAUACAUCCGCAGCCAGCAGCGAUCCCGGAGGUUAAAAACGGCGAAAUCCACACUCCUAAUCUACUUUACCCUCCUAGGUCUUUCCCCAAUCCUCCGCUCCCUGACCGGCAGCAUAACUGAUGACUCCAUCUGGGCCAUCGCCACCUGGCUCUUCCUCGCAAACACUCUCUCCUUCGACUAUGGCUCCGGCGUGGAAGUUAAGUUCCCCGCCUCCCUCUCCACCAACGCCGCCAUAACCUCCAGCGUCGUCCUCGCCUCCCGCCUGCCCCACAAAGAUGAAUUACCGCCAAACACCGCGCAUGUCUUCUCCCUCAUACUUACAAGCAUUCAAGUCUUUGGACUGUUCCCUGUGUUUAGGCGAUACUUGAAGCACGUCUCCUGGGGGCUGCAUGUUUGCCUUACAGUCAUGCUUGUCCUCGGCGCCGCGGGAGGGUUGGGCGCUGUGGUUGGAUGGGGGUGGGCGGUUGUGUGGGUUUUGGGCGUCGUGGGUGGGAUGGGGGGGUGUGGGUGGUGGCUGAUUGGGUUGCAGAAGUAUAAGAAGUGCAUCCACGGGCCCUGGGAUCCCGCCCGGCCGGUUAUUCGGCGGCAGUGGGAGUAGAACAGAGUAGAGCUCACUUGGCUUGGCAGGUCCUAGGGUUAGAGCUUUUCUUUUUGUCCAGUUUUAGUCUUUAGCCUUUGUUUAAACCGGUCCUGUACUAUAAAUAGUUUGGACAACUAUUGUGGUCAUGAUAUAUCACUCGCUUCCACCCCCCCAGCUGGUAAACAUUUUGGCUGAAAGUGGGAAUAGUUAUUUUAUAAAGCUAUUAUAUAUAAUA